GUUACUUUGGAGCAGCCGUUACUUUGGAGCAGCCGUUACUUUGGCGCAGCCGUUACAUCUCGCGCUGAAGGCGUAGAGACGCGGAUGCGCGCACAGACGAAAUGCCGUCUAUCCACCCCUUCUUCCAUGUUCUCCUGCUGCUGCUCGUCCCAACCGCGUGUCAUGCUGCCUUCUCGUGGCCCAUGAGCGCCCACUGGCCACGGCCCCUCACCCCCAGGGAGUACCCACGCUUUCUGCGGGUCCUCCGGCCGCGGAGCCAGGCACGGUUCCUGUGCCAACAGCAUGCAGACUGGGGGUGUGCGGACCCCCGCGUGCGCAUGCAUGACCAGAGUGAGAACAGGGGGAUCAUCCCGAGAGGUCAUUGUCAUGCUGGAAUACCCAUCCACGACACAUUUUCAAUGCCCUGGCUGAGGGAAGGAGGUUCUCACCCAAGAUUUCAUGGUCCUAUUUGUACAGAUCUCCCAGGGUCUCUCGUAUUCCCCAUAUUCUGCCAGUUUGCCACCUUCCGGUGCCAACGAGAAAAAUACAACAUCAAGAGAGUGAAGUGUCCCUCAGAGUCUGGAAGGGAAAGGAUGCUUUUUAGAGGAGUAAGACGGGAGGAAAGGGGAGGAAUUGUAUCCGCCAUCAGAGACAUUCCCAAGUCAACUAUGUCCUCAAUCUCCGUUCCCACCAACCCCACAUCUUCUAUCACAUCCACCAACCUCGCCACAUCUAUCAUCCCUACCACCUCCAUCAUCCCCACCACGUCCAACAUGCCCACCAACCUCACCAUAUCCACCACAUCCACCAUUCCCACCACCUCCACAAUGCCCACCAUUCCCACCACCUCCACGACUCCCACCAACCCCACCAUCCCCACGAACCCUACCACAUCCACCAUACCCACCAAUCCCACCAUAUCCACCAAGCCCACAAUCCCCACCAACCGCACCAACUCCACCAUCUCCACCACCUUCACCAUGCCCACCAACCCCACCACCUACACCAUCCCCACCAACCCCACCAUCCCCACCAACCCUACCACGUCCACCAUGCCCACCAACCACAUCCUCCCCACUAACCCCACCACCUCCACUAUCCACACCAACCCCACCAUCUCCACCAAGGCCACCAUCUCCACCAACCCUACCACCUCCACCAACCCCACCACCUCCGCCAUGCCCACCAACCCCACCACCUCCACCAACCCCACCAUCUCCACUACCACCAUACUUAUCAACCCCAUUUAUACCAACCCCACCAUCCCCACCAAUCCCACCACCUCCACCAUGCUCACCAACCCCACUAUCUCCACCACCACCUUCACUAUGCCCACAAACCCCACCAUCCCCACCACCUCCACCAUGCCCACCAACCCCAUAAUCUCCACCAACCCCACAAUCUCCACCAACCCCACAAUCUCCACCACCUCCACCAUCCCCACCCCCUCCACCAUGCCCACGAACCCCAACAUCUCCACCAACCCCACCAUCCGCACCAACCCCACCACCUCCACCAUCCCUACCAACUCUACCUCCACCAUCCCCACCACCUCCAGCAACCCCACCAACUCCAGCAACCCCAACUCCAUCACCAUCAACCCCACCACCACCUCCUCGUCGGGUCCAGAUGACGUGGACGUGGCCAUAAUGUAUUUUCUGGGCUUUUUAUCGGUGCUGCAGUUUCCUGACCCUGUGGCCAAACUUCCAAUGUCGGUGCAGAUGGCGCGCCCAGAGGACAUAUCCGCGCACCGCUCGGUGUUGGGCGAGGUGUUUGCUGACUCGUUGAGCCGCUUGAUGGAGCAGGGUGGGGACUUCCUCGUGCGGCAGCUGAACGGCGCCGGCCUCACCGACCCCGCCGAGAGGAGACGCGUGCAGCUGCUGGCUGAGAACGAGACAGCUGCCAUCCUGCAAGAACCCGGACGGGGGAUCAGCGAACACCGUCCGGUCACGAGCAGGAGAGACCUAAUUUCAGACACUCUCCAUCCCGGGCUCCCACAACGACCCUCCUUUCGUCACGGGGUCCCCCUUAAUCGCAGCAGAAACGGUGAUGGAGAAAAUUCAGAACACUGUCCAUCACGCCAACAUGACGGCCCUGCUCACCCCACCAAGAGCCUCCACCCCCUUCCCUACCACCACCCGCCACCGUACCACCAACCAUGUCGCUAGUACCACUUCCGCCCAUACCACUACCCACACCACGAGUACCACUCCCGCACCUACCACUACCCACACCCCUAGUACCAAUCCCGCCCGUACCACCACCCGCACCCCAAGUACUACUCCCGCCCCAACCACCACUCCCGCCUCCACCACCACCUACGCCCCUAGUACCACUCCCCCACCUACCACCACCCACGCCCCGAGUACCGCUGCUGUCACUACCACCACUCCCGCCGAUACCACCACCCAUGCCCCCAGCACCACUCCCGCACCUACCACCACCCAUGCCUCUAGCACCACUUAUACACCUACCACCACCCCCGCCCCUAGCACCACCCACGCCCCUAGUACCACUCAUACACCUACCACCACCCACGCCCCUAGUACCACUCAUACACCUACCACCACCUCCGCCCCUAGUACCACUCCCACACCUACCACCACCCACGCCCCUAGUACAACUCAUACACCUACCACCACCCCCGCCCCUACCACCACCCACGCCCCUAGUACCACUCAUACACCUACCACCACCCCCGCCCCUACCACCACCCACGCCCCUAGUACCACUCAUACACCUACCACCACCUCCGCCCCUAGUACCACUCCCACACCUACCACCACCCCCGCCCCUACCACCACCCACGCCCCUAGUACCACUCAUACACCUACCACCACCCCCGCCCCUACCACCACCCACGCCCCUAGUACCACUCAUACACCUACCACCACCCCCGCCCCUACCACCACCCACGCCCCUAGUACCACUCAUACACCUACCACCACCCCCGCCCCUACCACCACCCACGCCCCUAGUACCACUCAUACACCUACCACCACCUCCGCCCCUAGUACCACUCCCACACCUACCACCACCCACGCCCCUAGUACAACUCAUACACCUACCACCACCCCCGCCCCUACCACCACCCACGCCCCUAGUACCACUCAUACACCUACCACCACCCCCGCCCCUACCACCACCCACGCCCCUAGUACCACUCAUACACCUACCACCACCUCCGCCCCUACCACCACCCAUGCCUCUAGCACCACUCCCGCACCUACCACCACCCACGCCCCUAGUAUCCCUCAUACACCUACCACCACCCCCGCCCCUACCACCACCCACACCCCUAGUACCACUUCCACACCAACCACCACCCCUACCACUACCCACGCCCCGAGCACCAUUGCCGCCCAUACCACCACCCACGCCCCGAGCACAACUCCCACAUCUAACACCAUCCAUGCCUCUAGUACCACUACCACACCUACCACCACCCAUGUCUCUAGCACCACUACCACUCCUACCACCACCCACGCCCCUAGUACCACUCCCCCCCUACCACCACCCACGUUUAUAGUACCACUCCCACACCUACCACCACCCAUGCAAACUAGUACCACACCUGCCCAUACCACCACUCGUACCCCUAGUACCACUCCCCUCCUACCACCACCCACGUCUAUAGUACCACUCCCACACCUACCACCACCCACGUCUAUAGUACCACUACCCAAUGCUGUAGCCAUGGAGUCAACAUUAGGGGGGACCAAAUCUUCCAGGGGGUCUAGGGCCCCCCAGAAAAAAAAUCUAAAUUUGAAAACAAAUGUCCUGCCAUUUCCUGCCUAAAAUAUUAAAAAAAUCACUAACACA